AUGAGUAAUUCGAUUCAAGGAGAAACCGAGAGAAAGGAAAUCAGUCUCCGAGCUCUUUGCAUUGAAACUAUUGUCAAAAAUUUCUCUCAUCUGAUCAUUACUCGUCAACUUGAUAGAAAAUUGCGCAUGUUUCGACGCCUUUUCCAUAAUAAAUUUGUGUUUCCGGCACCAGUGGCCGAAGGGAUUCUCAAGGGACUUAGCGAGGAAGGAAAAUUGAAGAAAAAAGACUUGAAGCUAUUUGCUUCCCGAUAUGUCGAUUUGCGUUCAAUUUUCCUCUCUGACGUCAAGUUAGUUCCAUCAGAUAUCAGAAUUUUGAAAGAUUUCACUCUCUACAAUGUAACCGUUCUACAUGUGAAAGGAAUCGACCUGGCGGACCUAGUGUCCAAUUUUAGUCGUGAGACAAAGAGACAUCUGCAUACACUCAAAGUGGAUAGCAUGAAAAUAAAGAAAAGUAGGAGGGGAAUCUCCUUUGAAGCUCUAAAGCAACUUCGAAAUUUGCAGGUUCUCGAGCUGAUUCGUACAAAUUUGGAUUCUAAAUAUCUUCGUAUUAUUGUGCGAUCAUCACCUCAUCUCACUCAUCUUGAUAUAUCCGAGAAUAUAGUGGAUAAUAUCUCCUGCCUAAAAUCAUUGAAGGAUAAGCUGAGGGUUCUGAUUAUGCACAUGAUGAGGUGCAAUCAUGCCUACGCCUUCGCCAGGAUCCUAUCUUCUCUUCUGAAGUUGAAAGAGCUCCAAACAUUGGAUGUAUCAAAUUACAGUCGAACCGGAUUCGAACGCUAUCCAGAAGUUGAUCAACUGAUUAAACCGGGAAAUUUACCACACCUCAAACAUCUUGAUAUCAGUGGUAAUCUAUAUGGUCUAACUUUGAAUGACAUUCGAAUUGAUCAUCUGAAGUUUGGGAGAAGAGAGCCGGUUCGAUUCAAAGAGGAGAAUAGGGGUCGGAUUCAUGGAAAGGUUUCAUAUGAGUAUGCGUAA